AUGUUCAAAUGUCGUGAUCCAGUAAACCGGGAAGAAGGAUGCGAUUGGAGAUUUCUGGAUGAGAAAUCUCUUUUCCGGUUGAGACGUCAAAGGUAUUCCGACUUCUGCUCUUUUGCCAUCAUCAAACCUUUUUGCCAAAAUGAGUUCGAAAAUGAGCAGAAGCCCGCGAUGAUGGGAAUGGUACUUCUUCGACUUUUAACUCUUGCUUCUGUUAAGAAGAGAUGA